GUUUGAAGUUUGAAAACACUUCAAAAGUUGCUGCUUAUGUUUUCUUGUGCUUACAAGUAUCGUAAUAGUAAAUAAACAAAUAUAGAGGCCUAUGAAAUAAUAUAAAUCAUUCACAUUGAUCCAGGAUAUUUUGAAUUAUCAAAAUGAGCAAAUACAGACGUAAAGAAUCGUCGAGCGAAGACAGUGACAGUGAAGAAGAACGCAGAAAACGAGAUAUUAAGGAACGAGAUGAAUUUGCUACACGGCUCAAAGCAAAAGAUGAUACUAAAGUGCGCAAAGUUGCCAUUCCCAUGGGUUCGGGUGCCGCUGAAGCUGCGAAGAGACUCAAGCUUAUGGAAGAUGAUUCAAAAGUCAAGCUUGUACCAAAGUUGAGGGUGGAAUCGCGUAGAAAAUAUUUGGAAAAGAGAAAAGAGGAUAAAGUUGCGGAGCUGGAGGCUGAUAUUUUAGACGACGAAUACCUUUUUGAAGAGAAAAUAUUAACUGAACGUGAGAGGAGAGAAAGAGAACACAAGAAACAAUUACUACAGCUGGCCAAAGAACAUGAAAAAGCUAGAGAAUUGGAAAGAGUUCAAAGAUAUCAUAUGCCAGAGGAAAAAGGGAAAGGAGACAACAAAAAUGAGCAGAUGGAUUUGGAGCCAGCUCAAUCGGAGCAGAGUAAAUGGGAGGCGGAUCAAAUGACGUCUGCUGUUUUUCGAUUUGGUGCAAAAGAUCGAAAAGCUAAACAAGAUUACGAGUUGUUGCUGGAGGAUGAGGUCGAAUUCGUUCAAGCUUUGCGUAUGCCAGGUGAUUCGAAAGAGAAAAAACGUGAAUUAGUACCCGAACAAAAAGAAAAAGUUCUAACAACGAUAGAAGAGACGAAAAAGAGCUUACCAAUUUACCCGUUCAAAAAUGACCUCAUACAAGCCAUUAAAAAUCAUCAAGUUUUGAUAAUCGAGGGUGAGACUGGAUCGGGAAAAACUACUCAAAUCCCUCAAUAUUUGUACGAAGCCGGCUUCACCGACGAUGGCAAACUCAUCGGAUGCACGCAACCGAGACGAGUCGCUGCCAUGUCCGUUGCUGCUAGAGUCGCCCACGAAAUGGCCGUCAAGCUUGGCAACGAAGUUGGCUAUGCCAUUCGAUUCGAAGACUGCACGUCGCAGCGAACCCGAAUCAAAUAUAUGACGGACGGUACACUACACAGAGAGUUUCUUAGCGAACCCGAUCUCGCGUCGUACAGCGUGAUGAUAAUUGACGAAGCUCACGAGCGAACUCUGCACACAGACAUUCUGUUCGGACUGGUAAAGGACAUAACGCGGUUUCGUGCAGACUUGAAGCUCCUAAUAUCCUCAGCAACAUUGGAUGCGAAUAAAUUUAGUGAAUUCUUUGACGAUGCGCCGAUAUUUCGUAUACCAGGGAGGCGCUUUCCCGUGGACAUUUAUUACACGAAAGCGCCGGAGGCGGAUUACACGGACGCGUGCGUGGUUUCGAUAUUGCAAAUUCACGCAACGCAGCCGCCCGGCGAUGUGUUGGUGUUUCUAACCGGGCAGGAGGAGAUUGAAACGUGUCAAGAAAUGUUGAACGAGAGAGUCCGAAGACUAGGAAGUAAAUUGGCUGAAUUGCUGAUACUUCCGGUUUAUGCCAAUUUGCCGUCGGACAUGCAAACGAGGAUAUUUGAGCCGACGCCAAAGGGGGCACGAAAAGUUGUUUUGGCGACGAAUAUCGCCGAAACGUCGCUGACGAUCGACAAUAUCGUUUACGUAAUCGAUCCAGGAUUUGCGAAGCAAAAUAACUUCAAUUCGCGUACCGGAAUGGAAAGUUUAAUGGUCGUACCGAUAAGCAAAGCUUCAGCGAACCAGCGAGCUGGACGCGCCGGUCGUGUCGCACCAGGAAAAUGUUUUCGGCUGUACACAGCUUGGGCUUAUCAACACGAACUGGAGGACAACACCGUGCCGGAAAUACAAAGGAUAAAUCUCGGCAACGCUGUCUUGACCCUCAAAGCUCUCGGCAUCAACGAUUUAGUUCAUUUUGAUUUUCUUGAUCCACCACCUCACGAAACCCUCGUACUAGCUCUCGAACAGCUCUACGCACUCGGGGCUCUCAAUCAUCGCGGAGAGUUGACAAAAAUGGGACGAAGAAUGGCCGAAUUCCCACUCGAUCCAAUGAUGGCGAAAAUGUUACUCGCCAGUGAAAAAUAUCGAUGCUCCGAAGAAAUCGCCACUAUCGCCGCCAUGCUUUCUGUCAAUGGCGCCAUUUUUUAUCGACCCAAAGACAAACUCAUUCAUGCCGAUACCGCCAGAAAAAACUUUCAUGUCCCCGGCGGUGACCAUCUCACUCUUUUAAACGUUUACAAUCAAUGGCAGCUGUGCGAUUUUAGUACACACUGGUGCUACGAAAAUUUUAUUCAAUAUCGUUCGAUGAAACGUGCCAGAGACGUUCGAGAACAACUCGUUGGACUUAUGCAACGCGUUGAAAUGGAACUCAUAUCCGGCAUCACCGAGACAAUCAAUAUUCGAAAGGCAAUAACAGCAGGAUACUUUUACCACGUUGCACGUUUAUCAAAAGGUGGACAUUACAAAACAGCGAAACACAAUCAAACCGUAUCGAUACACCCAAACAGCUCACUAUUUCAGGAAUUACCCCGCUGGAUAUUGUAUCACGAAUUGGUCUUCACAACAAAAGAAUAUAUGCGGCAGGUCACUGAAAUCGAGAGCAAGUGGCUGUUAGAAGUGGCACCGCAUUAUUACAAACCAAAAGAACUUGAAGACUCGACGAAUAAAAAGAUGCCAAAAGUUGCUGGUCGAGCGCGCCCCGAUGGAACGAAUUAAGCACUUUUUUAAAUCUAUAAUUCUCAUCGUGUGGAGAAUUAUCGAAUGUGAUUAAUUUUUGUACAGCAAGUAAGAAUAAACGUUACUUUUGUUCUAAGAACGUUGCCAAUGAAGUAAUAAAGUUAUACAUGUGAUGUUUAA